UCAGUAGCCGCCGAAGAAGAAGAGAACGAAACCAAUUGAAUGAUAAACAGUCGAUAAAUUAUAAUAAGUCAGUACUAACAGACCUAUUUAGAAGGUAGUUCAUCCGAUUUGCGAUGCGGUGGCUUUGGAUUCCCGUCACCUGUCUGCUGUUCGGGAUUCCCCAGCCAAAAGUAUCCGCCACCAAAGAUGGACUUCCUCUAAAUCCGAACCUUGAUGAAUCCACAGAAUAUCCUCUGUUUGAGUAUGAAGAUGUCAAAAUACCAGCACCUACCAGGGGAUUACUUUAUCCCAGGGACUCGGAGACUCGCGAGGUGCGCAGCUUGGAUGGAAUGUGGGGCCUGAUGAAGAGUAGCCCUGAAGAUCCCCUCGAGGGAAUCCGGGAAAAGUGGUUUUUGAAUACCCUUAGACAGACCGGAAGGGAGAUAAUUGCAAUGCCAGUACCCGCCUCCUACAACGACAUAACGACGGAUGACUUGCGGGAUCACGUGGGAACCGUGUGGUACGAACGCACCUUUUUUGUUCCACGCUCCUGGCGGGUGAACCAACGCACCUGGCUGCGCUUCAGCAGCGUUCACUACUCGGCCGUGGUUUGGGUAAAUGGCCAGAAUGCUACCAGUCACUCCAUUGGCCACCUGCCGUUCGAGGCGGAGAUCUCGCGAUUGCUAAAUUUUAACGGCGAAAACCGGAUAACGGUGAUGUGUGACAAUCGCCUGGGCAAUCGCACCAUUCCCCAGGGAUCGGUUUACGAGGCAACUACGGAUUAUGGUCCUGUGCCUGUCCAGGGUUACACUUUCGACUUCUUUAACUACGCGGGCAUUCACAGGAGUGUUCACUUGUACACCACACCACUGCUUCACAUCAGCGACAUUGAGAUCACCACCAAACUAACAACCGAGGGAUUGGGUCGCAUAGACUACCUGCUUUGGCUGGAUGGCAGCCAAGAGGGCCUCCGCAUCCAGCCCACUCAUCUCCUGGUGCAGCUUAGGGACAGGGAUGGCGAAGUAGCUGCCCAGCAGAUCAACAAAGCGGUCUACCAUGGCAGUCUGCUGGUACCCAAUGCCAAGCCCUGGUGGCCAUACCUAAUGCAUCCGGAUCCGGGCUACCUGUACGCCCUCCAGUUCGAACUCUUUGUGGCCAGCAAUGAGGAGGAGACGGAUGCGGAUGCUCUGCAGGAUGCCUACCGCCUGCCAGUGGGCAUUCGUAGUCUUAGUUGGAGCAACGAUAGCCUGCUGAUCAAUGGUAAACCUCUUUAUCUGCGAGGAUUCGGACGCCACGAGGAUUCCGAUAUCCGCGGCAAAGGACUGGACAACGCGCUCCUGGCCCGCGAUUUUAGUCUGCUCAAGUGGAUUGGAGCCAAUGCUUAUCGCACCUCGCAUUAUCCUUACUCUGAGGAGUCCAUGCAGUUUGCCGAUCAGCACGGCAUCAUGAUCGUCGACGAGUGUCCUGCAGUGAACAUAGACAUCUUUGAGCCGCAGCUGCUGGAGCAGCACAUGUCCUCGCUGGAGCAACUGAUCCACAGGGACAGAAACCAUCCCAGCGUAGUGGCCUGGUCGGUGGCCAAUGAGCCGCGAUCCACUAAGCAGGGAGCCCUUAAAUAUUUUGAAUCUCUGGUGAACUUUACAAGGAGCAUUGCCCAUGGUCGUCCUCUAACGGCGGCCAUCAAUGCCAGUCCAACCACCUGCCAUUUGGCGCAGUUUCUGGACAUCGUGGGCUUCAAUCGCUAUAACUCUUGGUACCAAAACUCGGGACGCACUGACAUGAUUGUCAACCUGCUUACGAAUGAGGCCCAGAGUUGGCGGGAUAAAUUCGGGAAGCCAGUCAUCCAGUUUGAGUAUGGCGGGGAUACCAUGGAAGGCAUGCAUUCGCUGCCUGCCUUUAUUUGGUCCGAAGAAUACCAAGUGGAGCUCUUUUCUCGGCACUUUAAAGCUUUUGAUGAACUUCGAGAAAGAAAGUGGUUCAUUGGGGAGUUCGUGUGGAAUUUUGCCGAUUUCCGAACUGCUCAAACAAUUACCAGAGUAGGUGGCAACAAGAAGGGGGUCUUUACCAGGAACCGACAACCCAAAGAGGUGGCCUUCCUUCUGAGGUGGCGGUACUUCGCAUUGGCCAAGGAAUUGGAUCAGUGCACGCUUCCUCAGGAUCUAACAGUGUAUAUUUCCAAGCAUGUACAUAAUGAGCUUUAGAUCAGGGAUUCCAUUACAUCUUAAAUCAUUAACGCACACAGAAACCAUUAAAUAUUCCUUAUUCCUGAAUAAAAGUAAUAAUAAACUUAAAUUUAACAAGUUA